GUUUUUAGUCAUGCGUACGUUCUUGAUACUGUCUGAAUUACUCAUGGCGAUAGGCAAAUACCGUUGCAUUCGCUUGAUCCUCCUUUCCAUUUUCGUUGUUCUUGUUGUUCUCAGGCCCUCAAAAUCGUGCUUAAUCCAUUUAAUCCAUUUUUGUUUUCUGUUCAGGCAUAGAUUGUCCAUGUCCCCGUCCUCUUGCGUGGUAGUCUAGUGGUGCCCGCCACCCAUCGCCAGCGUUAUAUUGAUUUCAAAUCGUAUUCGUAAUCGCAUUUGAUUUGCAAGUUGUUUCCUUUCCUUGUAUACAGGACUUCGUUGCUCCUGAGCCCAUAUUUAUAUAUUUGCGGUUGCUUGUGGUGGAAGAAGUUGAAGUCGAAGUCUUUCUCUUUUCUUUGGAAUAUCGAUAAUGUUGCGAUCAUCUCUUGCAAUGAAUUUGAACAAAGACGAAGUGCAGCCGCUGGCGCUUUCGUUCCUCCUGCCAAAAAUUUCACCCGGGUGUCCGUAUUAUUUUGCUGUCGCGCUUCUCUUUCUUGCAGAACUGCCGGCAUACGGGCAAGCGAUUUUCCUGGUGUCUGAAAAAGCAUCUCCGAAUUCGUCGCGUGCUGCCCGGGGGCGACGACGUCAUUAUGCUCAAAAACCAACGGCGGACCGAGGAGGUCGUCGCGACGAGCUUGUUGACGGGACCAUCGGUGAUCGGGAGUACGAGGUUGAGCAGACGACAGGGGAAGAAAGAAGAGCAGAGAGGAGAGCUGCGGUCGUCGGCGAAAAGAAUGACAAUGUCAGCACGAAGUUCUCUGAAAUUAAGCGGAGCGGCAGCACAGAUACAAAACCAAAAGCGAGCAGCAGCAGUGCCGAUGACAAGGCGAGCAAAAGGCGAGCAGGUGCUUUAGCUUUCGCAUACCUGUCCUCGUCGGCUCCGGCGGGUGCUCUUGGAGCGCCAGCCUCGAAAACGAGAAAGCUCAACAUGAAAAUCCUGAACACGACGGCCAAAAAACAAACUCCAACUGCUUAUGCCCAUGCAGCUCACGGUGCGCCUACUGCGCAGCCAGAGCUGCCUGUUGCUGGUCAUUCCCCGUUUCUUGCAAGUGACUACGGCACCUUCGCCGCGGGUGGGGACCGCGAGUCCUCUGGUCGCACAGGACGAGAUGGCGAACAGACCAAAAAGUCGAACUUUAUUCAACGAGAGCGGCGGUGGAGGAGCCAGAGGAUGAAGAUAGGCACGAACCAGAACAAGCAGGAACGACGAAUGGAAGCUCAGAGGCAGGCCCCUAGCAACCAAGACCAAGACGACGAACCUGCUGCCGUGAUGGACGCUGGCGUAGGUGAGCAGGGUGCUAGCCCUAGCCCACAGCCAUCAAACACUCCGGAGCCCACAACUGCGGCACCCACAGCAACUGCGGCACCCACAACUUCCCCUGGUACUCCAACGCCCGCGUCGACCACCAGCACUGCAGCUGCGCCUGCACCUGCGCCAGCCACUCUUUCUCCAGCGCUCGUGGGAACCACCGCACCACCGGGCGUGGUCAAUACCAACUCGGUAGCACUCACACCUGGUACAACUUCAUCUACGUCCGAAUCUUCUUCAUCGACGCCCAGACCUGUUGUAGCAUCGACACCUGCAGCGACGUCUGCAGGAAGAACAGUGGCUGGGCCAGAGCAGGUUGGGGACGCUUCAGCUUCUUCGACCUCUCCGCCGCCCGCAACGUCGUCGUCUACAACAGCCCCGCCUGAGCCUGUGGACUGUGUCGGAACAUGGAACCGAUUGCCUUCCCAGUGCGUACUUUUGUCUUAUCCUAAUAACGAUGUGUGGAGAACGCCGUUCGGCGCAAUGAAAAUGACGUACGGGAUACAGAGAGAAGCGGAAAACGGCGGCAAGCAGUGCCCCGUGAUGGAUGGCGCCGUUGACCUGUGCGUCGUGGCUGGGUCCGGUACUACUACGCCAGUGGCGGGAUGCGAGUGCGUUCCGGAUGUGGACUGCGAGGGCACGACGGAAUGGGAGACGGAGUGCCAGGACGGCAUGCGCAGCCUGGUCUGGAAAAUAACGCAGCCCAACCACGGCAACGGCCGCGCAUGCGUGGCCGAGGGCCGAGAAACGGAAGAAGCGUGGAACAAUAAGGUAGUCGAGCGCGCGACGUGCAACGGGGACGACUGCCGUGGCAGCUGGAAGCCCUGGUCGAGGUGCCAGAACGGGAAGCGAACCCGGCAGUACAACGUCGUCUCUCCCAGGGUGAACAACGGGCAGCCGUGUCCAUUCCGGGCGAACUACGAGGUAGCGGAGGCCUGUGGCACUGCGUGCUCGGGGAGGUGGCACUUCGACCACGAUGCUGGCAACACCGGAUUUCAAACCGCCGCGCUUUCCACCGCGCAGCGAAAACAGAUCUGCGCGCUGUCGAACAACCGCAAUCGAUUCUCAACAUUCACGCGGACCUACAGACACAGCCCGCCGGCAACGGGUGGCGGUCGCGACUGCGAAAUCGAAAACAAUCGCCAGGAAAUUUACUUCUGCGAGGGGAACGCACCGCCACAGGUGGUUACUGGGAAGCCUCGGACUGCGAACAUCGUAUUACAGCAAUCAUCAUCGGUGCUGAAAAACAAUCAGACUUUGCUUGGAAAUUCCUCGAGCCAACUUCUCACGAAAGGAGACCAAGCGGAUGUGGACACUUCGCAAACACAGCAGAGUGCCGAGGGCUGCAGCAAACCAGCAAUCUUGAUUCCUCUGAUGGUUGGUCUGAUAGCUGUGACUUUCGUCAUCGUUAUUUUGUGCACCACGUGCUUCAAAGCGCCGGAUGACUGUCUUCAAAUGGUGUUCUGCUGUUGCGGGAAAGGGAAAAACAGAAACGUGCAGGACCAGGCUGCUGCUAAGAGUGGUCAGGCCGCAGCCGCAGCACUGGAGGCAAGCAAAGCUGCGGCAGCCGCCGGAGCAUUUGGCGUUUCUUCGCAUCCUUCCUCAGCCCCGGCGGGCGCGGCUGCAACAACUAGGGCCCCUGGUGUGCAGGGUUCAUAUGAGGUGAAUUUGCAAUCUUCCGGGGUCAGCUCGUCCCUGAUGAAUGCCUCUCUGGCGUCGAUGGAACGCGGGGCAAGAAGCAGUAAGAACAAGGCCUCAACAACGGGCAAAGGCAAGGGCAAGGCGGGCAGGCGAAGAUUGAAGAAGCGGGCUGGGAGUACCAUGGCAGCUGGGUUGGAAUCGUCGGGCGGGUCGACGUCGGGGAUGUACUCCGGUCUAGAUUCGUCAUCGCCGGAGGAAGCUGAUGGCGACACUCUUCGCGCCGGCGGGUCAACUUUCAUUCAGGCGCGCUCGCCGGUUUCGCGCACUGGUGCAGCGCCGGCGCCGACUAGCUCCUUCCUCAAGGACGAGGUCAGCACCGCAAAGUGGGAGGCAGACGGCCAGUCGAGCUUGAUGAUGGGGGGUAACAAGAGAGUGCAAUCACACCAGCAGAGCAGCGCCCCAGAGUUUCUUGCUGUAGAUAGCAGCGCGAUGUCAUUCGAACAAAAAAAUCACACUGGAAAAAUCUUGGGAUUGGCAGCGGCGCCUUCGGGUGCAUCCUCGUUCUCCCGCUCUUCCUCGCGCAGUAGAAAACUGCAAAAAAGUAGUGGGCCGCGCGCCAAGCCUCCAUCCACCUCCGUGGCAGGUACCGGAAAGAUGAGGAUCCCGAUCCCCGAACCUGCAAAGGGAGCGGGUGGGAGGUAAGCUCCUACGUCACCGCCACAAAAGUAUACUCCCCGCCCUUAAAGAACACAAAAAUAAAACAAGAUGCUCCCCCUUUUUACCCAAGAAACCCCAUUGCAUGCCUGUUAUUUUGAUGCUGUACAACAAGAAAAGCAGAAGCACAGUAUCAGAAUCAGUACACGAAGGUCGCUUUUGUCGAUGUCUAGCUCUAGUCCAUUGUUGAGGAACAGGUAGAACAUCCAACCUGGACUACGACUACUCGCAUUUCCCCCAAGAAUAAGACACCUAGCCAUGCACAUUCGGAAGUAGAAAAACGAUGAGCACAAGCUCUGUACGUAUGAAUGUACAACUAGUUGUACUCGUGAA